AUCAGUAGCAAUCGAAUCAAAAAUACUUGAUUUUCAUUAAUUCUACACCAUGCAUAAUAUCGGCAUUGGAAUAUUUGGGUGCAGUGAAGUGACUAAAAUUGUCGUGACCCUGCUGCGUGAAAAAGGAUUUAAUGUUCAAGCGAUUUGGGGAAAAACUAAGGAAGAAGCACAGGAAUAUGCAAAUGAAUUGAAAAUUCCAUUUUCCACAAAUAAAAUUGAUGAAGUUCUGUUGAGGAAGGAUGUUGACUUUUCAUUUGUUCUAUGUCAGCCUUAUUUACAUUCACACAUUGUCGUUAAAAGCCUUGGAAUUGGAAAACAUGUACUCUGCGAGAAGACUUUAGGAAUUAAUGUUUUGGAUGCACAGAAAAUGGUUCAUGCAUCAGAAUACUACCCAUCCUUAAUAAAUUUGGUGAAUCAUUCGCUUAGAUUUUUACCUGCUUUUGUUCAUAUGAAGAAAGCAAUUGCUGAAAAUUAUAUUGGAGAGCUUUCAUUGAUUGAUGUAACUGUUAAAAUUUCUACUUUGAUACAUGAUAAAUUCGAUUGGCUAUGCGAUGAUCAUCAAGGAAGCGGCUGUCUCAAUUUAAUUGGAUCACAUGUGAUAGAUUUAUGUCAUUUUUUGACUGGCAAAAAAGCAAAACGAGUUCACGGCAUUAUAAAAACUUUUAGACACAAAACACAGUCCAUACAUGGAAUUCGACAAAUUACUGCCCCAGAUUUCUGCAAUUUUCAGCUCGAAUUGGAAGGAAGUCCGAAUAGUCAAAUUCUUGUGACGACAAACAUACAAAGUAAUGAUGGAUAUAGAAAUGGAUUUGAGCAAGAUGUCUCAAUUGUCGGUGAAUUAGGGAAUUUGAAAGUUAUUGGUGGUGAUUUAAUUUGUAUACGAAGGAAAGCUGGUGACGACAAUGCUGAUUAUAAGGAAGAGAAAUUAUAUGUUGAAAUUCAGGACAUGCGAACAUCUGAAUCAUCUUCUUCCAUACCUCGCCAAUAUGUCAAAGGAAUGAGUAAAAUGUUUUCUGCACUAAAAGAAGCUUUCACAACUCCAUCGUCGAAUUCAAACUGGAAUAAAGAAUCUGUAGCCGCAGCAGCCAAUUUUAAUGACGGACUUUACGUUCAACAAGUUAUUGAGGCAAUUAAGAAGUCAAGUGAUACACGAUCAUGGAUUAAGGUUGAAACGGCGACGUUAAAGGACUGACUUCAUAUUUAUUAGGGCAAAAUGUAAAUUUUUCUGUUAAGUUUUAG